CACCUUGCGUUCAUGGAAAGAAUCCUCCUUUCUACGUAUUAAGUUUCUCAUCCUCUCUCUUAUUUGCUUUGUUUUCCCAAUCUCUUUGUAACAGUCGUAUAGCUUGGGUCACGAACCUACGCAUAACAACUUCCAUUGUUACAUCGCACAGCCAGCUUCGUCGGUUGUUACAGAGAGACAAUUAGUAUUAGACAAAAUAAAAAAUAAGUCAUCAUGGGUUUCCUUCACAAGCUUUGGGAUGAAACACUCGCCGGACCGGCACCCGAAUCCGGCCUCGGCAAGCUCCGGAAGUACGACUCUAUGUCUAUCCCGUCCUCUCCGCCAAUGGCUGCGGAUGAGGUGCCGGUCACUCGGUGCAUUACUAUUCUCAGGACUAGUUCGUCCACUCUUGGAAACCUUUCACCUGAUUCCGGCUCCCCCUCGGAGUCCCCAACCACACCAGGAACUCCGAGAACCCCUGGAACACCAGGAGCAUUGAACUUCAAGAAAUUAACAAGGAGGAAAUCGUCUGCUGAUGCUUUGACACGCGCCGAACCUAGAAGUCCGACUGGUUACGAUUGGUUGUUAGCUAUGUUUAGAAUGAUAUAUGCAUAUAUGUCCUUGCUUCUCUAGCUAACACCCAAUAGAUAUCAGAGUCAACUUGACGAAGCAUGCAUAUAUCAUUUGGCUUAGAUAAUCUCUCACUUUUGAUUAAAAAAAAAAUGAUAAUCUCUCACUAGAUUAAGAACUGACCAAGUUAACCUUGAAACCAAGAUUGAGAAUUCGGAACCGUAUAUCUUGGAUCGAUCAUUAACAUAUUUGGUAUACUAAUAUAUUCCUUUGAACUAUAUAUGCAUAGGAUAUCUCAUUAGAUAAUUAGUACAACAUAUUGUCAGGCUGUCAAUCGUUGACAGAAUAUAUGUAGAACGAGUCACUAACAUAACAUGCAUACUCUAUUGGUCUCGCAAAACCCUGUAUAACAUAUAGAAGUUCUGAGGUUAUUUGGUACAUUAGUUGAUCGAUGUGAUUAUUCAAGGGGAAAAUUGUUUAGCAAAUACUAAUUGUACUUCAACAUCCCUUAUUAUUUCUUAUUUAUUGUUGUAAAUGUGUAUUGCAGGAUGGUAAUUACUGCUUUAGAUCGUUGAGAGAGGAAGUGAUGAAGAUUUUACUAAAGUAUCGGCCGGCGACUCCACUCCAUUGUACAUAGAGAACCCUACCUUUUAUGGGAAAUUGAUGCAUAUACAAGUGCAUAGAUGUAAUUAUCUAAGUACGUACUAUAUAUAAUAAGACGGUUCAAUUGACAAGAAACAGCAGAGGAACCAAUUCUCCUUGGAGAUUAUGAGGGAGGAGUUAAAGUAGGGUUAGCUAUUUCACCUAUUUUGAUGUUUCCAUGUGAUCUUCGAGUUUCGUUUUGUAUUUUGAUUUUGAUCUUUGUAAAUAUGGAUUUGUGUAUUGAAUCCUCCCCUUCAAUGAAACUCCUAAUUUUGGAGCUUAAGAAUUAA